AUGGGAUAUGAGACAGCUCAUCAGGCGGCGCUGGAGGGAGGGACAUGUGACAACACUGCCAGUAUAGUGUCCCGGCGGCGUGAUGGGUUCAGUCAGGACAGGGACCAGCAGUUUUUCAGCCUGGUUCUGGUGGUGGCUGACGGCGGGGAGCCUCCUCUCAGCAGCACCGCUACCCUCCACAUCAGGGUGUGUGUUUGUCAGAGGAACACCAGGGGGCGCAACGGUAACAACGUGUGCCAGGCCCAGGCGUUCCUGUCCUCGGCUGGCCUUAGCACUGGGGCUUUUGUGGCCAUACUGCUGUGUAUUGUCAUAUUGUUAGCCAUAGUGAUGCUUUUCACCCAACUUCGGAAUAAGAAAGCGAGCAAAGAGCCCCUGAUUCUCUCUGAAGAGGACAUCAGAGAAAACGUGGUGACGUACGACGACGAAGGAGGUGGGGAGGAGGACACGGAAGCCUUCGAUUUACCGCGCUUCGAAAUCCCAAGUCCGUACGAAGAGGAGGAGGUCGAAGAAGACGAGGAAGAGGGGAUUGUGGUGAUACGGAGGAGAAAAGCGCGGGAGGCGGAUUACAGGAGCUACAGUCCGGAGUCGGAACCAGCAUGGUUUGUCAUUGACUGCGUCCCUCGAGAGAUCAGCCAGUCGGCGCCCUCGCUUCUGCUGGACGGUCACGAUAUCAUCCAGCAGAUCAUCCAUCAGAAGGUAGCUGAGGCAGACUCGGAUACACGAGGCCCACCGUAUGACUCCCUCCAAACAUACGCCUACGAAGGCCACGGGUCCUUGGCCGGAUCAGUCAGCUCUCUAGGGCUGACCGCUGCUUUCCCUGAGUUAAAUUAUGCUGACCUGGAAGACUGGGAGCCAGAGAGGCAAACUCUGGAACAAAUUAUCGGAGAGCAGCUGGCUACAGACCAGGUUAUCCCUGACUCUUAA